AUGAAGCAAAUUCUGUCAAUCCUCUUUACAGUAUGUACAUUUUCUGAAGUGCUAUCUGCUGUAAACCUUCAAGAAGAGGAAGUUGGUAAUGGUAGAUAUUCUAUCGAAGGUAAAGUCUUUCCACCUGAAGAACAAGAUUUGUUACCAUGGCAAGUUGACACCCGCGUGCAUGUAAAUGGUGGUGAAUACAUAGGUUUCAUCAGAGACGAUGGUUCAUUCGUCAUACACAACGUCCCUUCGGGUUCGUAUGUCGUUGAAAUCUUGCAUCCUGACUACAUGUACGAGCCAGUCAGAGUCGAGAUCAACUCCAAGGGGAAAUUCAGAGCAAGAAAAGUGAACUACAUUCAAACAUCCCAAGUUAUCCAAGUGCCAUACCCAUUAAGACUGAAGGCAUUAACUAAGUACAGGUAUUUCCAGGUUAGAGAACAGUGGCGAUUGACUGACUUCCUGUUUAACCCAAUGGUUAUCAUGAUGGUGUUGCCACUACUGUUCAUUAUGAUCUUACCUAAAAUGAUGAAUGACCCUGAGACCAAGGAGGAUUUGAAACAAAUUAGCAACUUGGCGAAGAUGUCGGACAUGCCUGAAAUGUCUGAGAUGUUCACUUCAUUGUUCAGUGGUGGUGCUACAGCCAAGGCUUCAGCUGCAAAAGCCAAACAAGUGAAAAAGAGGCAGUAG